CGCGCGCGGGGGCGCCCCGGGCACUGGGCUCCGCGGAGCAAGCGAGCGGUCAGCGGCGAGCCAGAGCGGGCGACGCGGGCAUGGCCCCCGCAGCGACGUCGGGCGGCAGCAGCCUGCCCAGUGGCUUCUCGGUCUUCGUCACCUUCCCCGACUUGCUCUUCAUCUUUGAGUUUGUCUUCGGGGGCCUGGUGUGGAUCCUGGUCGCCUCCUCCCUGGUGCCCCUCGCGCUCGUGCAGGGCUGGGUGAUGUUCGUGUCUGUGUUCUGCUUCGUGGCCACCACCGCCCUGCUUGUCCUGUACAUAAUCGGCGCCCACGGCGGCGAGAGUUCCUGGGUCACUCUGGACGCGGCGUACCACUGCACCGCCGCCCUGUUUUACCUCAGCGCCUCGGUCCUGGAAGCCCUGGCCACCAUCUCCAUGCGGGACGGCUUCACCUACAAGCACUACCACGAAAACAUCGCAGCCGUGGUGUUCUCCUACGUAGCCACUCUGCUCUACGUGGUCCACGCUGUGUUUUCUCUGAUCCGAUGGAAGGCGUCGUAGAGCAGCAGAAGUACCUGAGCUGAAAAGCCAGCCGGUGUUGGCUGAGCGGCCCACCUUCCAGCGUAACAUUUUGCGAUGCAGAAGUGCUCCCGGCAGUGGAAAACAAAACACACACACACACACACACACAUAUACACACACACACCCCGCUCUGUUUCUUGCGGGUGUCAUGUUUACUCUCCCAUGUGGCUUGCCUUCAGGGGUCGGGGGCUAGCUAAGUUUAACCUCCAAGUACUGAGCUGUCCUUCUAGGGCCACUUCCUGUUUGUGAAAGAGGCCCCGGGGUGGGGGGUGGGGAGUGGGGACUGUGAUCUGUGGAGGAAGCCAGGGUUCCCCGCUGACCCCUGGACGGGAUCUCAGAUGGCCCAUUGGCAUUUUCCACGGGAUCUGGGCACCUCCUCUUGGGGCCUGUUUCCAGGUCUUCGCGGAUAGUCUGUGCGUCACGGGGACUAAAACCCACCCAACAGACACUUCCGGAUGUCCGCAGUGGAAGACGAUAACCCUUUGAAACCCUUCAUAAAGUGCCUUUGUGUUCA